CUCCUUUGUGUGCAUGUGAUUAUGAGACUAUAAGUCUCACAUCCUGCUGGCAGCACUUUCCCACCACUUUCCCAGCAGCCUCUCCCAGUUAAACCAGUGUGACCGAAGACAUCAGAGAAGAAAUACGUCUGUGCACCACAAAGGAUAAAAGAAGGCUGAUAUGGACUUCAGACUUUGAAGCCUAAAUUAGCAUAAAGUUCAUGAUGACUCUCCGUUGCAGAUUCAGCACCUUAAUUCUCCUGGGCGUCCUGCAGGGGGCAGCAGUGGUGCUGUUUUAUGACUGGUACACCAGGAUCAGCCCCCGUCACUCUCCUCCCCCUGAAGGCCGCAAGGUUCACGUUUUGCUGCUGUCGUCAUGGAGAUCUGGUUCGUCCUUCCUGGGUCAGGUGUUCAGUCAGCACCCGUCUGUUUUCUACCUCAUGGAGCCCGCGUGGCACGUGUGGACUACAAAUCAUAAAUCCGGUGCAAAGAGUCUCCGAGUGCCUGUGAGAGAAAUGCUGUGGGGUUUAUACAAGUGCGACUUCUCACUGAUCAGAGACUACCUGCCAGGAAACCCUCAUCUGUCCUCCCUUUUCAUGUGGACCCGGAGUCAGGCGCUGUGCUCGCCGCCGGCCUGUCCCGUCAGAUCAGCCAAUGAGAGUCAGUGCAACCAAGAGUGUCACUCUGCAAGCCUGGACAAAGCGCAGGACGCCUGCGCUACAUACACUCAUGUGGUUUUAAAAGAAACUCGCUUCUUUGAGAUGGAGUCCCUUCAUCCUCUUCUGCAGGACCCCAACCUGGACCUCCGAGUGGUUCAUCUGGUCCGGGACCCUCGGGCGGUGCUGCGGUCCAGGGAGGAGUCGGCCUACCUUCUCGACAGAGACAGCGUUAUAGUUCUGGAGCACAGAAACGUGUCUGCGGCCGACAGGCAAUAUGAAGUCAUACGAGAAAUCUGCCGCAGUCACCUGGACAUUUAUGAGAGGGGGGUCUUCGGUCCGCCUCCGUUUCUGGAGGGUCGCUACAAACUGGUUCGCUACGAAGACGUGGCACGAAACCCACUAACAGAGUUGAAUAGUAUUUAUGAGUUUGCAGGCUUAAAGAUGACCUCUGAGGUGGAGGAAUGGAUCCAAAAGAUGACGCAUGGACGGGGGAAAGGCGGCGGGAACGUAGCUUUUAAAAUCACCUCCAGGAACGCAGCUGAAGUGUCACAGGCUUGGCGCACCGUGCUGCAGCACAGCAAGGUCCAGCGCAUUCAGAAGCUGUGCAAAGGCGCCAUGUUGCUGCUCGGCUAUAGGACGGUGGACAGCGAACAAGAACAGAAGAGACUCGAUAUCGACCUGUUAGACCCUGGGCAUCCAUAAAGAGUUCAGCUUCCAAGUUAGACCAAAAAAAG